AUCAGUUGUUUGUAUCACUUACUGGAGCAACAUGAAAUUCUUAAUUGUUUUCGCUUUGGCUUUGGCCACCGCCUCUGCCUUCGAUUUACGCAGCAACGAAGUCGAAUCACGCAGUCUUGUUGUAGAGCCUGAGGGUCGCAUUACCAAUGGCCAAAAUGCUGCUGUCGGUCAAUUCCCCUAUCAAGUUGGUCUAUCCUUGAAACUUGGUGCUUUCUCUUCCUCCUGGUGUGGCGGUUCUUUGAUCGGCAACCAAUGGGUAUUGACUGCUGCUCAUUGUACCGAUGGUGUCCAAUCUGUUACUGUGUACUUGGGUGCCACCGUUCGCACAAAGGCUGAAGUUAAAUACACUGUAAGCAACAGCGAUGUCAUCAUCCAUGCCGGCUGGAACAGAAAGACCUUGAAGAACGAUAUUUCCUUGAUCAAGAUCCCCGCUACCGCUUACACCGCCAAGAUCCAACCCGUUCAAUUGCCCGCCCUUUCCAGCGCUUACUCCACCUAUGCCGGUGAUAAGGUUAUUGCCUCCGGCUGGGGUCUUGUCUCCGACUCUGCUACCAGUGUUAACACCGAUCUGCAAUGGGCCCGCAUGGAAGUCAUUGCCAACACAGCCUGCACCAAGACUUACGGUUUCACCAUUACCUCCUCCAACAUUUGUGUCUCCACUCCAGGUGGUGUUUCCACCUGCCAAGGUGAUUCCGGCGGCCCAUUGGUUUUGGAAUCCAGCAAGGUCCAAGUUGGUUUGACCUCUUUCGGUUCUGCUUCUGGCUGUGCCAAGGGUUUGCCCGCUGCCUUCACCCGUGUCACCAGCUACUUGUCAUGGAUCGAGGCCAACACUGGCAUUUCCUACUAAAUAAUUAAUUCUAUUACUUUGCAUUUAUAAGUUUAAGUUAUUUUGUAACAAAUGAAACUUAAAGUAAAUAAAUUUUUCUAACGAAUUUAUAAUAAAAACAAA